AUGUCUAAUAGUAAGAUUUUAAACGGUCUUAAGAUCCUAAGAAGUCGUAGGGACAUGAAAUACAUAACGGGUUUACAACGAAGGGCAUAUGCAGCAGCAGCAGCAAGUCAAGCCCAUACAAAAUGUAAAUUGGUUAAUGGAGUAUAUGUUGUUACCCUAGACUCUCCCAAUGUAAAGGUAAAUUCAUUAAAUACAGCAGUUAUGGAAGAAAUGACAAAUGUCUUAAAUGAAGUAGAUUCCAACCCAGCUAUUGAAGCAGCAGUUUUAAUAUCGGGUAAACCAGGAUGUUUUAUUGCUGGUGCAGAUAUCACUAUGCUUCAAGCUUGCAAGACCAAAGAGGAAGUUGUUGCUCUAUCUAAAAGAGGCCACCAAAUAUUUCAAAGGAUCGAGAAAUCACACAAACCAUUUGUAGCCGCUAUUCAGGGUAGUUGUCUUGGAGGAGGUUUAGAGACAGCAUUGGCUUGUCGUUACCGAAUUGCAGUUAAAGAUUCCAAGACUGGAGUUGGUCUACCAGAAGUUAUGCUGGGACUUCUGCCAGGUGGUGGAGGCACACAAAGAAUGCCUGUACUCACCUCUAUACCUACAACUUUAGACCUAGCUUUGACAGGCAAGACAGUAAAAGCUGAUAAAGCAAAGAAAUUAGGAAUUGUUGACUUGUUAGUUUCUCCUCUUGGUCCAGGCUUGGGAAACCCAGAACAGAAUACAAUGAAGUACUUAGAAAGUGUAGCAAUACAAAUUGCGAAAGACAUCGCUUCCGGCAAAAUGAAAGUCGACAGGUCUAAGAAGGGAUUGAUGCAAAAAAUCACUGCAAGUGUAAUGCAAUUAGAAUUUGUUAAGAAUAUGAUAUUUAAGAAAGCAAGAGAGCAAGUUAUGAAGGCCUCACGUGGCCUUUACCCAGCACCGCUAAAAAUCCUCGAUGUAGUAAGAACCGGUGUUGACAAGGGUCCCGCUGUAGGAUAUGAAGCGGAAGCCCAAGGCUUUGGUGAGUUAGCCAUGACACCUCAGAGCAAAGGGCUUAUUGGCCUAUUCAGAGGACAGACUGAAUGUAAGAAAAACAGGUUUGGGAAAUCUCAAGUAGAAGUUAAAUCGAUUGGUGUUCUGGGUGCUGGUUUGAUGGGAGCUGGUAUUGUGCAUGUGUCCAUUGAUAAAGGUUACCAUGUCGUCAUGAAAGAUGCGACUAAUGCUGGCCUUUACAGAGGAGUGGGACAGAUCCAAACUGGGCUUGGAAAUGCUGUUAAGCGAAAGAGAAUUUCUGGUCUGCAACGAGACAAAUUCUUGGCGAAUUUGGUACCGACCUUAGAGUAUUCUCAGUUUAAAAAUGUUGAUUGCGUCAUCGAAGCUGUAUUCGAAGACAUUAAUAUCAAGCAUAAAGUGAUCAAAGAAUUAGAAGCAGUUAUUCCAAAACAUGCUAUCCUCGCUACCAAUACAAGCGCCAUCCCUAUAACGAAGAUUGCUGCAGGCAGCAGCCGUCCAGAGAAAGUUAUUGGCAUGCAUUACUUCUCCCCUGUGGAUAAGAUGCAGCUGCUGGAGAUCAUCCGCCACCCUGGCACCAGUGACGACACGGCCGCAGCCGCCGUAGCGGUUGGCUUGAAACAAGGCAAAGUUGUAAUCACCGUCGGUGACGGACCUGGAUUCUACACCACUAGGAUUCUGUCCACUAUGCUUAGCGAGGCUGUCAGGUUGCUCCAAGAAGGUGUGGAUCCUAAAGACCUUGACAACAUGACCAAGCAGUUUGGUUUCCCAGUGGGAGCCGCCACAUUAGCCGAUGAAGUCGGUAUUGAUGUCGGCUCACAUAUCGCGGUUGACCUGUCAAAGGCCUUUGGUGACCGUAUCAGUGGAGGUGACUUGAACAUCAUGAAGGACUUAGUUAAAGCCGGAUUUAUGGGAAGAAAGUCGGGCAAAGGUUUCUAUGUUUAUGAGAAAGGCACUAAGAACAGGGAUGUGAACCAGGACGCAAUAAACAUUUUAAAGGAACGGUACUCGUUACAACCCCUGGGAGCUAAUACUGUUGAAGAUCAACAAUUACGAAUGGUUUCUAGAUUUGUCAAUGAAGCAGUUUUGUCUUUAGAGGAGAAGAUUCUGCACAGCCCCCUAGAAGGUGAUGUUGGUGCAGUAUUCGGUCUCGGUUUCCCACCAUUCACUGGCGGACCUUUCAGAUGGGUCGACCAAUUCGGUGCUGAUAAGUUAGUAAAGAAAAUGGAAGAAUUCCAGGGCUUGUACGGUGCGCCUUUCAAACCUGCGCAGACUCUCGUGGACAUGGCUAAUGACACCAGCAAGAAAUUUUACAAGAACUGA